AUGCAACUUAGGGUUCUUUCGCGCCUGUCGGUGCUUCUGAAUUGUGUGCUGUUGUUCGCGCUGGUUGCUUCGCCAGCCGUGGGCCAGGUUCGCAUUGUCACGCCCGAGCAACCGACCACGAACGAGAGUGGUCAAUCGCUCGAUUCGAUUCUUAGCCACGGCACCCAACUCGAACGCGAGCACCGCUGGGGUGACGCACUCACCCACUACGAACAGGCCGUUCGCGACUUCCCGAAUCAAACCGACCUGCGGCAGCGAUUCGAACUUGCCAAGCUGCACUACGACCUAGGCCGUCGCUACAGCGAUCGUAGCUUCCGCACCGGGGUCGACUACAUGUCUCAGGACGACGCCCUGGAUGUGUACGGCGAAGUGCUGAUGAAAAUCCAAACGCACUACGUCCACCGCCCGAACUGGAAACGGCUCGUCGAGUGGGGUACCAGCAGCCUUGAAGUUGCCCUCACCGAUCCCGACUUCCAAGCUCGCUUCUUGCCGAACCACACGGUCGAGAGCAUCGACGGCUACCGCGCAAAGCUGCGAGCCUGGGUUCGCCAACAGUCGAUUGAAACCCGACAAGCUGCCCGAGACUCGGUCGCGGCGAUCGGACGCAUGACUUUCAACGAACUCGGCGUGCCAGCCUCGGCCACCGUGAUGGAGUACACCUGCGGGGCCACCAACUCGCUGGACGAUUACUCCGCCUACCUCACCUCCGACCAACUCCGCGACGUUUACUCGCAGAUCGACGGCAACUUUGUAGGGCUGGGUGUCGAACUCAAGUCCAGCGAUGGUUCGCUGCUCAUUGUGAACACCAUCACCGGCAGCCCUGCCGAACGAUCGGGUAUCUCGGCCGGCGACCGUAUCAUCGCCGUCGAUGGUCGCAGCACCCAAGAGCUUUCCACCGACGCCGCUGCUUCUCUGCUGCAAGGCGAAGAAGGCAGCCUCGUCGAAUUGACGGUCCUCUCCACGAACGAUCAACAACGCACCGUGUCGGUUCGUCGUUCGCACGUUGAAGUGCCCAGCAUCGACGAUGUCCACAUGCUGCCGGGCGAGAACGGCAUCGGUUAUCUCAAGAUGACCUGCUUCCAGAAGACCACCACCCGCGACCUGGACAAGGCCCUGUGGGACCUGAGCCGCCAAGGCAUGAAGUGCCUGGUGAUGGACCUGCGUGGCAAUCCGGGUGGUUUGUUGACCUGCUCGGUCGAGAUUUCCGAUCGCUUUGUCGAGUCGGGCACGAUCGUCUCCACCCGCGGCCGCAACCCGCACGAAGACUUCAACUACUCGGCCCAUCGUUCGGGCACCUGGGAUAUUCCGCUCAUCGUGCUGAUCGAUGGCGACAGUGCCAGUGCCAGCGAGAUCUUCGCUGGAGCCAUCCGCGAACAUCGCCGCGGCACGAUCAUCGGCACCCGCAGCUACGGCAAGGGUUCAGUUCAGGGGAUCUUCCCGCUGGCCCCCACCCGUGGUCUCCCCGGUUCGGGGCUGCGUUUGACCACGGCCAAGUUCUACUCGCCCUCGGGCCAUGCCUAUAGCAAGGUUGGUGUCGAGCCCGAUGUGGUCGUCCACCGCACGGCCCGUCCCACCGGCGAUCAGUUCGUGGCCAGCACCAGCGAAGCCGAAGACCCGUUCAUCUCGGCGGCCAUCACCGUAGCACGUCAGAGUGUGGCUCCCCCGCUGCGCACCAUGUCAUCUGGCCCUGCAACGAUUGAGCUCGAUGACGAUGCCAUGCCGGAAGUGAAUCCAGACAGCUCAACCAGCCGCCAUUGGUCGUUCGCCACCGGCGGGCAACUGGCCGGAAUGAGCUUAGCCCGCGAGUCGCGGCACACCCUUGCGUGGGAUGACGAGGGUGUGCUGUACCUGCUCGAUCCCGAUGGCCGACUGAUCGUUCAUGUGCAAUCGCCCGAAGCGUUGGCCGGAGCGGCCAUCAGCGGCGACGGAAUGGUGAUCGUCGCGUUGUCAGCAGGCGGCAAACUCUCCUGGCUCGAUACCUCGCUCGACGUUCGCCGCUCCGACAAAAUUCGCUACGAACCGCUCGACGUAACACUCGAUUCGCGCGGUUGGUACGCGGCAGUCUCGGCCAAGAAUUCUCAAGCGGCCGUGCUCGACUGCUACGGGCGACACAUCGGCACCAUUCGCUCAGCACAGUCGCUAGAGCAAAUCGUCUUCUUAGCCGAGCAACCCGAACUAAUGGCCGUCUCGGCCCAGGGCUUGUUGGCACGUUACGACCUGCGUGGACAACCCGUUUGGCGAAAGAGUCUUGCGACCCGAGUUGGUUCACUCGGCGUCGACGACUCGGGCGACCUGGCCGUUAUCGCUGCUUUCGCUCACGGCCUGAUUCGCUUCGGUCGUCGCGGCAAACCACUGGGCAGUUUGCAUCCCGAGGGAACGCCGCAACGGGUCAGCCUCUCUGCCAACGGUCAGCUGAUGCUCGUCGGUUCGCUCUCUCAGCAAAUCAGCUUGCUGGACCCCGACGGUGACGUACUGUGGCAAAAGAGCACGGACCAUCCAAUCGUCGAUAUUGCGCUCGAUGCUCUGGGCCGCUGUGCCUGGUGUGGCGUCGAGGACGGUACCAUCGUCUGCUUCGACCUGCCUCGCAAUCUAAAUCCCGAGCCCACCAACCCCUCGCGAGAUCCAGCGGCCACCAUUUGGCUGCCAGCACGCAGAUAUCCCUACUUCGCCCCGAAAGCCGGCAACCUUGGCGACCUUCUGGCAAUCCGGUACGAUUAA